AUGGAGGCGUGCUACAGAACGGCCGUGUUUCUACUGGUCACCACCGCGGUGCUCGGUUCACCGCUGAUCAAUGAUCUUGAACCAGGAAAAUAUUGGCCAGAACGCCUCUCUGUGAAGCAACCAAAUGAACCAGAAGUAGAGUAUACAACUUUUGAUGAUGACUUAAUCAGUACUACUGAAGCAACUGCGAAAUUAACAGAAGACGAAGCUGAUAACGCGAUCCCAGAAAUUAUCUCUAGAGCUGCCGAGGCUGAAGCUGAAAAUAAAGUAGACUAUUCCGGAGCGCAAGUGUGGAAAGUUUCAACAGAAAAGAAUGGAGUGAGAGCGGUCAUUGGCCUUUUGCGACGAAGGAAUUUAAUCGCGACAUGGGCAGGCAAUCAAUCCUAUGUAGAUGUACUGGUGAAGCCGCAAGCUGUAGAGAAUGUCACAAGGGUCUUUAAACGGGAAAACAUUGACUUCAACAUUAUCAUCGAUGAUUUACAAAAGAGAAUCAAUGAAGAAAAUCCUCCGCUGGAUGACCUUGAAGUCGAACUGCAGGACAGACGAGGUCAUCGCAUGACGUGGAAGCAAUAUCAUAGAAUAGAAGACAUAUAUGGUUUCUUGGACUAUUUGGCCAAGACCUAUCCAGCUAUUAUAAGCGUUAGGUCUAUCGGAAAAUCUUAUGAAGGACGAGAUCUGAAGGUGCUACGUAUAUCCAACGGACAACCGUCUAACCGAGCAGUAUUCAUAGACGGUGGCAUACAUGCGCGGGAGUGGAUAAGUCCAGCCACUGUCACCUACUUCAUUAAUAGAUUCGCUGAAAACUUCCAAGACGAAGAUGACGAUAUUAAAAAUAUAGACUGGUAUUUCUUGCCCGUGGUAAACCCGGAUGGUUAUGAAUACACCCAUACUGCUGAUCGACUUUGGCGGAAAAAUAGGAAACCAGCGAUCGCCAGACAGUGUUAUGGAACCGAUCUAAACCGCAAUUUUGGAUACCGUUGGGGAGGCAAAGGCUCUUCAUCAAACCCUUGCAGUGACAUUUUCAGGGGAAGUAGAAUGUUUUCAGAACCAGAAUCUAAAGCUGUAUCAGAAUUCAUCAAAAAUGCAGCUGCUAACUUUACUGCUUAUCUGACAUACCACAGUUAUGGGCAAUACAUUUUGUACCCAUGGGGUUAUGAUAAUGCAGUACCUCCAGAUCACAAAAGUUUAGAUGACGUUGGAAAGGCAAUGGCUACUGCUAUUCAACAAACUGGAGGAUCACAAUAUACUGUGGGAUCAUCAAGUGGGGUAUUAUAUCCAGCUGCUGGUGGCUCCGAUGACUGGGCAAAGGGACAAGGAAUCAAGUAUUCAUUCACCAUUGAACUAAGUGAUACUGGUCGGUAUGGGUUCAUCCUACCAACAUCAUUUAUAGAACCUGUUGCUAAGGAGUCACUGGCUGGUCUUAGAGUAUUAGCUAGCUAUGUCAAUAAAUAUUAA